CGGUGGUGAUUCGGUCCCUCUUAAACAUGGCCACCAUGAUGGAGUAAACGCUACAACUUUGAAAUUCUGAGUUUUUCGGGGGGAAACUCUGUAUAUAUUUGUGUUUUCUCGCCCGGAACGAGGAAUGUUUCGUGUGGAAAUAUCCUGCCGACCGUCUGAACCGUAUGAGAGCUUUGGGAAAAGUUUGUACUCGGAUUACGAGCUGAAUUAAGUUGCCUGGGAAGGAAGGAAAAACAGAAUCGCAUCUCUAUACUCCAAUGUCAUCAGAGGAUAAGAGUGUGGAUCCCUCUGACCAAGGCCCAUCUCCUCCCCUGAGCAGUGCAGGGGCCACGCCCUCCGGGAGCCCUGCACCCGCGGAUAAGCGCCCCCGAGGACGGCCCCGAAAGGAUGCUCCUGUACCCAAACCCAAACGCAAGUCUCGUAGCCGAGGCCGAGCUCAAGCCGAUGAUGAGGACAGCAUGGACGGGACGGACGCCAUGGACGCCACAGAUGCCACACAGCCGCCGGAGAUCGACGUCACACCAGAGAUGGAAGUGGAGCUGGAGGUAGAUGAGGAGGACUUCCCCCAGCCGCUGGACCUCAGCCCCAGAGACGAGCCGCCUUUAUCCCCGCUCUUCCAGCGCUCCGUGUCCGAGGACUCGGCCGGAUCAUCAGCCUCAACCACUGGGAACGCCAAAACCAGAGAAAAGCUGUGUGCCUUCUGUUACUGUGGAGAGAGGAGCCUGCUAGGCCAGGGCGAGCUGAAGCUUUUCGGCCCCACCCCCGGAUACGUUCCACUGCACAUCCGCAACCGCCGCGGCAGCUCCGAGAAGGACGACGACUACCACGAGGACGAAGACAACGACUUUGAGGACAGUGAGAACGCCAGGAGCCCGGGGACGCGCAUCAGGGGCCUGAAGAAGAUCAGCUCUCCAGACAGCGGCCUGCACUCGACCUCAGCCCCAGGCAGCACUGACCCGUUCGGGGAGGAGCCCAGCCACAAGCUCUGGGAUGAACUGGGUCAAAUUGGCCUCCCUGACGACAUCAAUGUCCAGUCUUUGUUUGACCCCACUGGGCAGUGCUGUGCGCACCUGCGGUGUGCGGCCUGGUCGGACGGAGUGUGGCGUGGAGAAGGAGGGCAGGCCCAGCUCUACGUGGACAAAGCCAUUGACUCAGGGAGCACAGAGUAUUGUGCGUAUUGUAAGCGCCUUGGAGCAUCCAUUAAGUGCUGUGAGGAGGGCUGUAGCCGCUCCUAUCAUUACCCCUGCGCUGCUGCUGCCGGCACCUUCCAGGACAUUAGGAGAUACAGCCUGCUCUGCCCCGACCACAUCCAGCUCGCCCAUACACGCUCUAAAGAUGCGGUGAACUGUCUGGUGUGCGACAGCCCCGGGGACCUGCAGGACCAGCUCUUCUGCACCUCCUGUGGUCAGCACUACCACGGGGCCUGUCUGGACAUUACGGUCACUCCAUUAAGGAGGGCAGGCUGGCAGUGUCCUGACUGCAAAGUCUGCCUCACGUGCAAGAACCCUGGGGAAGACAGCAAGAUGCUGGUGUGUGACAUGUGUGACAAAGGCUAUCACACGUUCUGCCUGCAGCCCGUAAUGGACUCCAUCCCCACCAGCGGCUGGAGGUGUAAGAACUGUCGGACGUGUGCUCAGUGUGGUGUUCGAUCCAAUGGUCAGUGGUCCUCCAACACUGUGCUGUGUGAGUGUUGCCAACAGCAGCAAGACCCCACCCUGUUCUGUCACAUAUGUGGGAGAGGCCGAGGCCAAGACGACGAUGAUGACGCCCUCAAGGACACGCUGGCCUGCAGCACCUGCAAGAGAUGGGUUCACACCGAGUGCGAGAGGCGCGAGAGCUCCGACCCCGGCGCGCAGGUGCGGUGUGGCUACACCUGCAGCGUGUGUAAGCAGGUGGAGACGGACACCCAGGCCCAGGGUGCUCAGGAGACCACUCUCGAUGACCCUGAAGCAGCCAAGGAAGUCUUCAUUGCGGUUGAGGAGGAGGAGGAGGAGGAGGGGGUCUCACUGGAGCCAGAGACCACCGCUGUUCCUGUUCAUGAAGAGCCAGCAGAAUCUCCGUCAGUUGAUGCUGCCCAGGAGAUCCAGGUGACGGUGACUUUGACGGAGGGUCCUGCGUCUCCCCAGCACUCGACUGCUUUAUCGGCAGUUUCUCCGCUCUCCUCCCAGAGUUCCUCGGCUGUGGUGGAGCGGGAUGACGAGGCGUCGUGUGACGCCAUCACACCGAUGGAAACUGAAACGGAAACUGGAAAGGGGGACGAGAGCACGCGGCUACCCGAGCCGGAGGAGAGGAAACCCAGCGUAGAUGCUUCAAAAGCUGUCUUCGCUUCACCUACCAAAGAAACCUCCUGCCCAGAGCUUUCACCAUCAUCUGCUGCUGCUUCUCCUCCAGCGGUUCAGACCUCGGAGCCCAUGGAUUUGGGCCCUUCUGCUGCACCAGAGUCUUCAGAGGAGACAGCAAAGCAGGAGAACCCUGUACAAUCCAAGGUUCCUUUACCUUUACCAGAGGAUGAUAUUGUUCAAGAACAGGAGAAGGAAUCUACAGAUCUACAGCAGCAUCCUCAACGAGAGAAGGAAGAAGAGCAGGAGGAGGAGGAAGAUGAUGAAGAAGAAGAAGAAGAAGAAGAAGUCACAUCUGAGCCAGCUUCAGCUCUGCCCGAGGAGGGCAGUGUACCACCAGCUGUGGAGAGGAGCCCCACUCUGGAGAUGGACACCACGCCCGCCAGCGAGUUAAGCUUCUCUGGAUUUAGCUCUCCGGCCGGGGAGGAAAAGGGUUUAAACCUAAAACGCUCUCCAGGAUUGUCCCCGGAUGGCUCGGCCAAGCUUUCCCAGUCCCCGUUCUCCACCGAGGCUUCUCCUAGAGAGACGCCCACUCACCCUCAGUACCAGUCUGGAUACAGCCCUUCCGUGCCCCCCAUUGCCUUUUUCCCCAUAACCCCCAAAAUCGGCAUGGGCAAGCCGGCAAUCUCCAAGAGGAAGUUUUCUCCAGGAAGACCCAGAGUCAAGCAGGUUGCGUGGAGCAGUCGUAGUUCAGUAAGCUCUCCGUCCUGGUCUCCGGAGCGGCCAGAGGGCUGGGAUGGGCCUAAGAGCCGGCAGCUGCUGGGCGAGCACGUCUGGACGGCCAAAGUGGGCCGUGGCUCAGGCUUUCCCGGACGCCGGCGUCCCCGAGGCUCUAACCUGUCUGGCAGAGGCGGACGAGGACGAUCCAGACUAAAGACGGACAGCAGCCUGCUGGUGACCCCUGGGGUGAGCUUUGUGGAGACUCCCUAUGUGGUGAAAGAGGAAGAAGAGAACGCCAUGCACAACACCGUGGUUUUGUUCUCCAGCUCUGAUGCCUUCACCCUCAAACAGGAUAUGUGUGUGGUGUGUGGAAGUUUCGGACAGGGUGCUGAGGGGAGGCUGCUGGCCUGUUCUCAGUGUGGCCAGUGCUAUCACCCCUUCUGCGUCAGCAUUAAGAUGAAUAAGGUGGUGUUGAGUAAGGGCUGGAGGUGUUUGGAGUGUACGGUGUGUGAGGCGUGUGGUCAGGCGAGUGACCCUGGCCGUCUGCUGCUGUGUGAUGACUGUGACAUCAGCUAUCACACCUACUGCCUCGACCCGCCCCUGCAGAACGUGCCCAAGGGCAGCUGGAAGUGCAAAUGGUGUGUGUCCUGUACUCACUGUGGAGCCACGUCCCCUGGCCUGCGCUGUGAUUGGCAGAAUAACUACACUCAGUGCGGCCCGUGUGCCAGCCUGGCCGUGUGCCCGGUGUGUACCCGCAGCUACAGGGAGGAGGAGCUGAUCCUCCAGUGCAGGCAGUGUGACAGGUGGAUGCACGCCUGCUGCCAGGGUCUGAACUCGGACGAGGAGGCGGAGAACGCGGCAGACGACGGCUUCGACUGCACCAUGUGCAGAAUGCACACCGCCUGCACUCAAGGUCCAGCUGGCCCCAGUGCAAAGCUCAUGGAAACCAGUGAGCCCCCGAUAGUGGCGCAGAUUGUAUCAAAAAUCAAGGAAUAUGACUUCCAGAAGACGUACACUCAGGACGGUGUGUGUCUGACUGAAUCGGGGCUCUGUCAGCUGCAGAGCCUGUCUGUGCCCUCAGUCCGGCGGCGGCGGACCAAACCCAAACUCAAGCUCAAAAUCAUCAACCAGAACAGUGUGGCGGUGCUGCAGACCCCACCUGAUCCACAGUCUGAACUGUCCCGCGAGGGGGAUCUGGACGACAGCAGAGAAGGGGAUCUGAUGGACUGUGAUGUGAAGUCUGACUCCAGUCCUGAGAGAGAGCCCAUUGAUGAAGAGAUGAAGGGGGCUGAGAGUGUGGAUGGGAUGAAGAAGAGGAAGAGGAAACCCUACAGACCGGGUAUUGGUGGGUUUAUGGUUCGUCAGAGGAGUAAGACGGGUCAGGGCAAAGCCAAGCGUUCCCUCAGCAGGAAGGAUUCUACUGGCUCGCUCACAGAGAACCCACUGGGGAAAGAGGAAGGCUGGAAUGAGCCAGACACCCCUGUAGAUGAGACGCCUCCUGUGAUUGAACCCUUGGAGAAGGUGAAGAAGAGAUACAGGAAGAAAAAGACCAAGCUAGAGGAGGCCUUCCCGUCUUAUCUCCAGGAGGCAUUCUUUGGGAAGGAGCUGCUGGAUAAGAGUAAGCAGAGAAGGCCGCCGGUAGAAACGGCACCAGCAGAAGACGAAUCGGCUCACAGCAAACCCCUCAGCACCACCAGCAGCUUCCUCGACCCCUCCUCCGACCCCCUGCUCAGCGCAGCGGCCACGCCCAUCAUCAGCAAAAUGGGGAGACUGCCCAGUGCAGAAGACCCCUUAGACGAGCUGGUUCUGCAGUCAGACGAUGAUCUCCUGGGGAUGCUGUCGGAUGACCUGGUCAAGCCAGGCCCAGAUUCAGGUCUUGAUUUAUGCCCUUUCCAGGUGGACAGCUCCCCCUCUUCGUUUGCUGGUCUGGACAUUGGGGGCAUUUCUGACGACCCCUCAGGCACCCCUGAGCCCGCCCCCGCACGGGGCCCUCGGCAGCUACAGGAAGAACCUCUGGAUGUGAUUCUGAACCCUGUACUGGACAAGAUAGUGACUGAUGGAGCUAUUCUCAGCAAACUCCCCAUUCCAGAACUGGAGGGGAAGGAUGUGGAGGACUUGUUUACAGUGCUGAGCCCAAGCACCAGUCAGUCACCUCAAAUACCACAGCCUCCCAAUCCUGUCCCCAAUGUGUCAGUCAUGCCAAUGCCACACCAUGGCCCAGUUCCAGGAGAUGGUGGAAUGUUUCCUCGCAUGCCUGUGAUGAACGGCAUGAUGGGUGCAAACCCUAUUUUUCCUCCAAACGCAAUGAUGCCUGCAGCUGGUGUUUCUGGCACUUUCUCUCCCAUCCACCGGAUGCCUUUCCCGGAAGGCAUGAGGGAGAAGAAGUUUGGCCAGAUGGGGAGUGAUAUGGUGGGUCCCUGGAGUGCUCCCGUCCCAAUGUCUCCAGCCCCUCCAGCGGAGGCAGAAACGGACACCAUGUCCAAUGCUCAGAGGAGCACUCUGAAAUGGGAGAAGGAGGAGACUCUCGGGGAGAUGGCCACUGUGGCCCCCGUCCUCUACACCAAUGUUAACUUCCCCAACCUGAGAGAGGAGUUUCCGGAUUGGUCAACUAGGGUAAAACAAAUCGCUAAACUGUGGAGAAAGGCUAGUUCACAAGAACGAGCCCCGUAUGUGCAAAAAGCUCGGGAUAAUCGAGCAGCACUUCGAAUAAAUAAAGUUCAGCUGUCUAAUGACACUAUGAAGAGACAGCAGCAGCAGCAGCAGCAGACGACUCCUGACCCUUUUGAUUCCAGCCUCCCCAUGGACGCUGAGCUGCUCUUCAAAGACCCUCUGAAACAAAAGGAGUCUGAGCAUGAGCAGGAGUGGAAGUUCAGACAGGGAGAGUUAAAUCAGAUGUGGGGACCCCUUAAGAAGCAGCAGGAAAAGGUCCCAAAAAGCAAAGCCAUAAAAUCAACAAAUAAAGACGUCCUUUUUGGACAUUCCAACCAGGCAACUAUAGCUGCAGGAUGUGGAAAAAAUUCUCUGCAAAUGAGACAAAAGAGCAAGCAGCAGGCAAAAAUUGAAGCCACUCAGAAGCUUGAGCAGGUUAAAAAUGAGCAGCAGCAGCUUCAGCAGCAGCAACAAUUUGGGGGCGUCCAGUCAGGUGGAGACCCUCUGAACAGUGGGAAUGAAAGUCCUGUUGGGUCUCAGCACACGGGUGGAGGUGGAGGUGGAGGAGACACGUCCCCUCUACAGCAUGCGACACUCAAGGACAACUUCUCAAGGCCCCAACUUCCAGGAACGCCAACUUCAAGCUCAAGCUCGUCUUCGGACGAUGUUUUUCUUCGGCCCCAACCGCCACCUCCGUCGUCUGUCGCAAAGACUCCCACCCAAGACUCCCAGUACCAACAGGGCUCAUCCUCACAGCCUCAAUCUCCUCAGAUGUUUUCCCCUGGUUCCUCCAGUUCCCGCCCAUCUUCUCCUUUCGAUCCAUACACCAAGAUGGUGGGUACCCCUCGACCCCCUCCAUCAGGGUCAAGCACCCCUCGUAGAGGUUCUCUAUCUGAUGGGCAAGAAAGGGGUAGACCAUCUCCAGCUCACGAGUCCUUUGGUUCGCCGAAAUCUUUGAGUGCUGAUGUGUAUUCAAAGCCACCAGACACACCCAGGCCUUCAGAUCCAUUUCUGAAGCCCCUCGGCCCCCUUAGACCCGUAGAACUGCAACAGCAGCAGCAGCAGCAGUUUCAACAACAGGGUCGAUAUAUGUUGGCGAAUACUGGGGCAAUGCCAGGGGACAAUUUUACAAGGCCAAAUCAUAGACCGGAAAUUUACCAGCGCAUGCCCAACAACCGUAUGGUGCUUUCUGACCCAUACUCAAGGCCACUCUUGACGCCCAUCCCAGGAAGCAACGAAUCUGGAUCUGUGCCCAUCUUCAAGACGCCCAUGCCACCUUCUCACUCCCAGCAAGACAUGAUGUUUGGUCCAGGACAGCAGGGUUUGAGACGUGGACCACCUGAUGGCUUCUCUCAAGGUCAGAAUGACCCUUACGCUCAUCAACCUCUAACUCCUCACCCAUCGAUGGGCGACACUUUCGGCAACGAGGGCAGAAUGAUGCGUCCAACGUCUGCAGGCCCAUUUGCCCAGCCGAUGCCCAUGAGCAGAUAUGUCCAGGCUCCUUCUACGCCUAGACCAGACUACUCUCAGCAAAUGCCUGAUCCCUAUUCUCAGCCUCCUGGUACCCCAAGACCCCAUGAUACAUAUGUCCAACCUCCCGGUACCCCAAGACCACACUCUGAUCCAUACUCUAUGCCACCCUCCACUCCCAGACCCAAUCCUAUGGAUCAGUUUUCUCAAUCCCAGCCAUCAAGCCGCAGACAAUCUCCUUCCCACGCUAUGGAUCCUUAUGCGCAAAUGCCGGGCACUCCAAGACCAGCGCCAGGAGAUAGAUACCCCAAAUCUCCUGGCAGUCAAAGAAACCCAGACAUGUACGCUCAGCCCCCUGGAACACCAAGGCCAGCUAAAUCAGAUCCAUAUGACCAACCACCUGGAACGCCCAGGCCACUUCUCACCGACCCAUACGCUCAACCUCCUGGAACCCCAAGACCAGGACCCAUGGUGCACCCCUCAGAUCCGUUUUCCAACCAGGCUCCAAACAGGAUGCAGGAUCAUUUCGCUCGUCCAGCUGGCCCAGGUUCUCAAACCCCGAAACACCCUGGCAUUUCAGACGAAGGGUUUUCCUUACCGCAGAACAAUCCUAAUCAAACACCGGUCCACGAUCCGUUUGAACAGGCCCCGGACAGACUGGCUCACGGUCCAACAUCUGCAAGCGGCUCUGCGGAUGCUCAGAAUGCCAUGCAGCCACCAGGAGGCGACACUGAGGAAAAAUUGAAACAGCGUCAGAGAUUACGCCAGCUGAUCCUGAAACAGCAACAGGCCAAAUGUGCCAUCAGGCAAGAGAAGGGGCUUCAAGAGGCUACUGGCACUCCAGCUCCUGGGACUCCCAUGCACUGGUCUCAGGAAGAUUCUGCUCCACAGAGCGAGAUCUUCGGUCGUCCUCCACCUCCAUAUCCUGGACCUAUGAGAGCUUCACCCAUGCAGGGAGGUCCCAGGUUUCCCGGGCCUUUACUGGGAGAUCAUCGAGCACCAUUCCCAGAUGAGGCUCAGUGUCCUCGACCUUCAUUUCCCAGAGAGAUGGGAGCUAUGGGCAUGAGACCACAGGGGCCCAGGUUUGGAUUUCCCCCAGUACCUCCUCCGGGUCAGGAUCCGUUCCUCCGUCCCCCUCACCAGAUGCAGGGUGGUCUACUUGAUACUGUUCCACCACAGAUGCGGAGAUCUCUUUCCAUGGAUCUGCCUAGAGCAGCAUUAGGAAACCCUCAGAUGGGUCUCCCUCAGCACUUCCCACCGCGUGGCCUUCCCAUGCAGCAGCACAGUAUAAUGGGCCAGCCUUUCAUCGAGCUUCGCCACAGAGCUCCUGAGAACAGGGUCAGACUACCUUUUGGACCACCAAAUAUGAUGGAGCAGCAUCCUAACCAUCCACAGAGACCUUCUACUACUAGCUUCAUCGGAGCUCAGAACAUGGCCUUUCCUGGUACCCCAGGAAAUCUGCGGCAGUUAAAUCCACAGUUAAUGGUCCAACCUCAGCACGGACCUGCUGCUCACAUGCAGAUGUCGACCAGCAUGGAGAACUUGCAUCAGCAAGGACACAUCCCUGUGAACGCUGCUCCACAGCAUCCUCAACCGUCCACCUCAAACAGUCUCGCUCAACAAGUUAACGGUGAAGCACUCAAUUCUUCCCAGCCUGCUCUUCUACCUGUAUCAGUUCCUGGUCCAGCUGAGGAGAUCUCAUUGCCCUGUGGUGAUGGAAUGGAGGAGAAGUUGGACACGGAUGAUGAUUUGGUGGAUGAUGACCUUGGGAACUUGAACCUUGACACGGAUGAUGGAAAGGAUAUAGAUCUGCACCUUGAUGAUAUCAUCGAAUGUGGGAAAUUUGAUCUUAUUGCUUAUGCGAUGAACCCCGAAGACAAGAAGGACAUGUUUAACGAGGAGUUAGAGCUUAGUGACCCCAUUGAAGAUGACCACGGAGAAACCUCAGACCAGAAUGUGUCUUCAGAGAACAUCAGCGCCCCCUGUGGAGAAGGUGCGUCGUCAUCAUCACCACUAUCUAAACCAGUGGAGAAACUGGAGGAUGGUCAUCUGAUUCAUGGUCAUUCCACUCAUGUCAAGCAAGAGGAGAAUCAAUUAAAAGAGGACAUCACUGUUAAAAGAGAAGGCAAUCAGGGUAAUAAAGGAAACCAUGGCGGUGUCUCAAGUCUCUUUGAAGCAGCAGCAUCAUCAACAUCAUCUUCUCAGCAGACAGGGCUGUCAAAUACAGAUACAGAUACAGUUAACUCCAGCUCAGCUCCAGUACUCUCAGGCCUGUUGACCAAGGAGAAACUUGAACUUGAGGAUUCUAGCAUUGGCUCUGACCCAGACCUUCAGACGAAUAUGAAUAUAAUGAUGAUGCAAGCUCAAGACAAUGCGAUGAACCCAGGAAUGACCAUGGGCCACAGGAUGGAUCCAUCGCUUGCUCAUGCUACGUCAAUGGGAAAUCCAAAUAUGAUGCCAGCUACUAACCAACAGCUGCCAGUCCAAGGAUUUGGAGCUUCCCCAGCGCAUCAAGUAGAUCUGAACCUCUCCAUGGUGGGCCAGCAACCCGUUUCCCAUGCCCUCCAUCCUCAGACCCAGCAGGCAAUGUUCACCCAGGUGUCUGUUGGACAGCAAGCGUCAAAACUACUACAGAACCAGCAGAACAGACCUCUGCUGUUAGAUGAGCAGCCCCUUCUUCUCCAAGACCUGCUGGACCAGGAGAGGCAGGAACAGCAGCAGCAGAGGCAGAUGCAGGCCAUGAUUCGCCAGAGAUCCAGUGACCCCUUCUUCCCCAAUAUUGACUUUGACGCCAUUACGGACCCGAUCAUGAAGGCGAAGAUGGUGGCGCUGAAGGGAAUCAAUAAAGUGAUGGCACAAAACAGCAUAGGGAUGACACCCAUGGUCAUGAACAGAAUGCAACAGAUGCCAGGAACACCAGGACCACAGGGGCCUGAUCCUGCCUCCUUCCCUCCACAGAUGUUUGGACAGGAUGGGAAGCUGAUACCACAGCUGGCCAGACCCAACCCUCCUAAUUUUGGACCUGGCUUUGUCAAUGAUGCUCAGAGAGAGCAGUAUGAGGAGUGGCUCCAGGAGACGCAGCAGCUUCUUCAGAUGCAGCAGAAGUUUCUGGAAGACCAGAUCGGGGCCCACAGGAAAUCCAAAAAGGCCCUCUCGGCAAAACAGCGCACAGCUAAAAAGGCGGGCCGCGAAUUCCCAGAGGAAGAUGCAGAGCAGCUGAAGCAUGUGACCGAACAGCAGAGCGUGGUUCAGAAGCAGCUGGAGCAGAUCCGUAAGCAGCAGAAAGAACACUCCGAGCUGAUCGAAGAGUACCGGGUCAAGCAGCAGCGAAGUCUCCAGCCGCCCGCCAUGAUGACCCCGAUGCCACCCAUGCCAGGAAUGCAAGGCCAAGCCCCUGGCAUGAUGCCUGGAGGACCCCACAUGCCCCAACCCAUUAUGGGUCCAAUGCAGCCCCACCCAGGUCAGCCCAGCCCCGCUCGGAUGCCAGGAUGGCACCCGGUUGGUCCAGGACCUAUGGGUGGACCCAGGAUGCCUCAAUCUCACAUGCCUCCUCAGAUGCCACCUGCUGCCAACUCUGUCCAGCCUCCUCAGGCCCAGCCUCCGGCAAGCAUGGUGGCGGGUGGGCCUAUUGGCCAGCCUGGAAGUAGUGCAGCAGCAGGUCAUGGAGCUGGUGCAGCUGGAAGUGGAGGAGCAGCUCCUCACGUGAAGUUUGAUGAUAAUAACCCGUUUAGCGAGGGUUUCCAGGAGAGAGAGCGGCGAGAGCGACUCAGGGAGCAGCAGGAGAGGCAGCGGGUGCAGCUGAUGCAGGAGGUGGAGCGGCAGAGAGCCCUGCAGAGAAUGGAGAGGGAGCAGCAGAAAGGAGCUGGUGUUGUGCCUGAUACUAAUCGAGAAGGCCUUGCCCACAUGCCCUUUUUCAGUUCUGACCUUCCGCAAGACUUCAUGCAGCCUACAAGACCUCAGCAACCACCACAACAGCAACAGCAGCAGCAGCAGAUAAGCGCCAUGUUCCCUCAGCAGGGAGUUGCAGCAGCAGCAGGAGGAGGUGGAGGAGGACCUCUAGACUUUGGUGGCCCUGGUCCAGCCACCUUCAUACCAACAGGAGAGCGACGCCCCAUUGCUGCAGGUGUUGGCGCUUUUCCACCUGCCCAAGAAAUGGGGCCAAACUUUCGUCUCAAGAAUCCAGCAAUGCACGGGCACGGGCUCAACUUCAUUCCAAGCCAACCUCGUCCACCAGCGAUGCUUCAGGGUGGAGCUGAAGACCCUCUGUUUGGCAUGGAAUCAGCCACACCUCUCCCACCCAACUACCCAGGCUCAGGUCAGUCACUAAUCCAGCUUUAUUCCAACAUCAUCCCUGAAGAAAAGGGCAAGAAAAAGAGGAACCGCAAGAAAAAGAAAGACGACGAUGCAGAAUCCAUUAAAACUCCCUCCACGCCUCAUUCCGAUCUCACCGCCCCUUUAACUCCAUGCGUUUCCGAUACUUCGUCCACACCGACACGCAGCGUCCAGGAUCUCUCUGAAUUCUCCAACCCUCUGUCCUCCAUGUCGUCUGGUCUUCCUCCACCUUCAGAGCUUGAGCGGCAGCUUUCUGGAAGCGGUGCGAAUCUCCUCAGGAGGGGUUCAGAAACAGAGCGCGGGUUCCUGGACGAAGCUCACGAGAUCAAGCAGGAGAAGCUGGAGGUCAGCGAGUGCCGGGGGGCCGAGCUGGAGGUUGGAGCCGAGCACAGAGGCAUGGUGAAGGUCGAGGAGAGCGGAGAAAGAAUCUCUCCCAGCGUGCCGGGGCACAGUCCGUCUCACAGCACCAAGGGGGAAUCUGGGAACGAGCUGCUCAAACAUCUACUGAAAAACAAAAGCACACCUCCACCAGGAGCACAACUCACACACCAGACAUCCUGCGACAGCCUGCGGUCGGACGAGGAGGCAGUGAUGGACAGGAAAGGGUCCGACAAGAUGGAUUGUCUGGGUGGUGUGAACAGCCAGUUGCCGGGUCAUACAGAUUCUCUGGAGACUUGUGUACCAGAGCAGGGCAAGAAAAAACAGCGCAAUAAGAGAACUCCUAAGACAGGGGCAGAGAAACCUCAGUCUCGCUGGAAGAAGAGGAAGAAAGAGCAGGAGGAACGACAGGUGGUGUAUCCCACCACCGACACACUGAUGACGCAGCUCAAACAGCAGCUCUCCCUGCUGCCCCUGAUGGAGCCAUUAAUUGGGGUGAACUUCACACACUUUCCCCCGUAUGGUAGUGGACAGCUGAAUGGAGAGAACAGGCUGUCCGGAUCUUUCGGGUGCGCAUCACUGGACGGAGUCUCCGACUACUACUCUCAGCUCAUCUAUAAGCAAAACAACUUGAGCAACCCUCCAACACCUCCCGCCUCUCUGCCACCCACUCCACCCCCCGUGGCGCGGCAGAAACUGGUGAACGGCUUCGCUACGGCCGAGGAGCUCGCCAGGAAAGCUGCUGUUAUGACUGGACAUGAAGUAUCGAAAAGCUUGGGGUCAAAGCAUCUCCCAACUCCAUUCAGAGGUGAGGAGGAUCUCCUGGCUCAGGCUAUUUCUCAGGGACCCAAGACUGUUGAUGUUCCAGCUUCUCUCCCCACACCACCUCACACCAACCAGGAGGAGCUCCGAGGUCAGGACCACUGUAGUGACAGAGACACCCCGGACAGUUUUGUCCCUUCCUCGUCUCCGGAGAGCGUAGUGGGCAUGGAGAUCAGCCGUUACCCGGAUUUGUCUCUGGUGAAGGAUGAGCCUCUAUCUCCUGCUAUGUCUCCCACCAUCCCAAUGCUGCCCAGUGCCAGUGGGAAAGGCACUGAACUGAAGCAGUGGGAGGUGAAGAAGGAACCCCAGAGCAGCUUCUUUGGAUCUCAGUUUGAACACACUUCCUCUUAUUCUAAAGCUGGUCUGAUGUCUAUAGCACUUACACUGAACCAGGCUGCUGCAGAGAACAUUCAUGGAGUGGUGGCGGCAGUAGCGGAGCUGCUUUGCGUUCCUGUCCCGGCCAACUUCGAGGUGAUCCGCACCCCGGGCCCAGAGCCCCGGAGCUCCCUGGCCAUGCUAGCAGGGAUCAAGGUCCCCCAGACCCAGCCUCUGGACCCCCGCCACGCUUCUCUGUUUCCCCAGGCUGCUAUGAGGUUCCCCAGAUUGCCGGGACCCUCCGGCCCCCCGGGGAUGGUCGCCCCAAAUCAGAACUGCGGACCCCACAACCACGCCGGUCCAGCUGCGGUGAGGCAGGAGUAUCAGAUGGAUGGGAGCAGCCCAGGGCUGAAACCUCAGUGGUGCGCCAACUGCAAGGUGGUGGUUCUGGGAAACGGAGUCCGCAAGUCUUCCAAAGACCUUCCCAUCCAGAAACAGGAGGGCCGACCCCGGGCAGAGGGCAGCGCUGUCUUCUGCAGCCACAACUGCUUAGUUCUCUACUCGUCUGCUGUGCAGACCAAACCAGCAGACAGCAAGCCGAAUGCCGCUGUCCUUCCUGAGGAUUCUGAGGACAAAAACCCUGCCAAGGUUCUCCAUCAGUACAGUACCAACGUUUCCACCAUGGAUGUGCACUGUCUGGCCCAGAUGCAGCCUAAGCAGUCUCCGCCCUCCACCCCGCCCAUCUUCUUCCCCUCGGUCUCACCUGAGACGCCCAAGGCCGAGGUAAAACCUGAUGCUCUCAAGGUCACGGUGAAGCUGAAACCCCGGCCUAGGGCAGUUCACGGAGGUGAGGAUUCCCAAUCCCGCAUGUUUGGCAAACGUUGGAAGGGACUUCGUUGGCGGAAGUGGAGCGUCCAGAUCGUGAUACCCAGGGGAAACCUUCAGGUCCGUGACGACGGUGAACUGGAGCUGCUGUUGCAGAAGCUGGACGCGUCCCUGCGACCAGAACCGCUGCCUAAAGACCUGCGGCGCUGCUGUUUCUGUCACGAGGAGGGCGAUGGGCUCACAGACGGACCUGCCCGGCUGCUCAACCUGGACUUGGAUGUGUGGGUGCACCUGAACUGUGCUCUGUGGUCCACAGAAGUGUACGAGACCCAAGCCGGAGCACUCAUCAACGUGGAACUGGCUCUGAGACGUGGACUUUCCGUGCGCUGCGCCUACUGUCAGCAGACUGGAGCUACCAGCGGCUGCCACCGCCUGCGCUGCACCAACGCCUACCACUUCACCUGUGCCCUCAAGGCCCAGUGUACCUUCUUUAAGGACAAGACCAUGCUGUGCCACCUGCACAGGCCUCGAGGAAACUCAAACAGCUUUGGGGUCGGGACUCUCGGAGGAAUGGACCACGAGCUGCGCUGCUUCGCCGUGUUCCGCCGCGUUUACGUGCAGCGAGACGAGGCGCGGCAGAUCGCCAGCAUCGUGCAGCGCGGGGAACGCGAGCACACCUUCCGCGUGGGCAGCCUGGUGUUCCACGCGGUCGGUCAGCUCCUGCCACAGCAGAUGGAGGACUUCCACUCCUCCGCAGCCAUCUUCCCUGUGGGCUACGAGGCCAGCCGCAUCUACUGGAGCAUGCGGCACGGGAACCGCCGCUGCAGGUACCUCUGCUCCAUCGACGAGAAGGACGGUGAGCCCGAGUUCAGCAUCCGGGUGAUUGAGCAGGGCUACGAGGACCUGCUGCUGACUGGAUCUUCACCUAAAGGAGUGUGGGAUAAGGUCCUGGAGCCAGUAGCUGACAGAAGGAAUGAAACCGGUAUUCUCAAACUGUUCCCCGUCUACCUGAAGGGAGAGGACCUGUUCGGACUGACUGUACCUGCAGUCACCAGGAUCGUGGAAUCGCUGCCUGGAGUGGAGGCGUGUUCACGCUACACCUUCCGCUACGGCCGUAAUCCUCUGAUGGAGCUGCCUCUGGCCAUCAACCCCUCAGGAUGUGCUCGCUCUGAGCCUAAGGCAUUAACACACGUCAAGAGGCCACACACCCUGACCAGUGGCAGCACCAUUAAGACCCUCCAGACCAACGGCGGCAGCCCUGCUGAGCUCACUGGCGUCCCCUACAGCAAGCAGUUCGUCCACUCCAAGUCCUCCCAGUACCGCCGCAUGAAGGCCGAGUGGAAGUCCAAUGUCUACUUGGCCCGCUCGCGCAUCCAGGGCUUGGGGCUGUACGCUGCUCGGGACAUUGAGAAAGACACGCUGGUCAUUGAAUACAUCGGUACCAUCAUCCGUAACGAGGUGGCAAACCGCAAGGAGAAGAUGUACGAAUCUCAGAACCGUGGAGUCUAUAUGUUCCGCAUCGACAGUGAGCACGUGAUCGACGCCACCAUCACUGGAGGACCUGCGAGGUACAUCAACCACUCCUGUGCACCCAACUGCAUAGCUGAGGUCGUGACCUUUGAGAAAGACCACAAAAUAAUGAUCACCUCCAACCGCAGGAUACAGCGCGGGGAGGAGCUCUGCUACGACUACAAAUUUGAUCUCGAAGACGACCAGCAUAAGAUUCCUUGUCACUGUGGUGCAGUAAACUGCAGGAAGUGGAUGAACUGAACGGAAGAGGAGUUUGGAGGGGGGUGGAGAGAAGAACGUUGGAACUCCACACAUAUGCAUUCCUUCUCUUUUUCUAGGCCCGUUUCUAAACCGGACGCAUUUUCUUACUUAAUCUUUAAACUUAUCAGGGCAGACGCAAGACCGUAGAACUGUAAGAGGCGAGGAGACGAGGCAGACAGGCCGGGCGGGGUCGCUUUGAGACGGACAGGUGAGGGCGAGGACGAGGGUGGGGGGGUGGAGGGGCUUUUAUGGUGAGCCUUUCCCACCUGAACUCCUGGGUUGACAGGAGCCUGAAGGGCGUUGGGUUAAAUCUCACCAGCUGAGCAGGACAGUAACGUGCUGGCCACAGCCUUAUUUAGAUAUUAAGAGGCAGGUCCUCUGGAUACAGAUUAUAUAUAAAUAUAAAUAUAUAAAUAAAUCUAUAUAAAUCUAUAUGAAUAUAAAUAGACAGAUACACACAGUAUAUAGAAACAGAAAUGUAGACACCACUGAACAAGGAAUGUACUGAGAAGACUUCCUUAGGGAUAAAGCUAAGGGAAUAUUAACUUGCACUAAAAACAACAACAAAAAAAAAACAGUUUAAAAAUACUUGAUUCCAUGAGUCAGUUUAUUUUUCUUUCCUUUUUUUUCCGAUUUCUGUUAAAUAACGAGAUGACGUUUUUGUAUUUAUUAUCGAUUGAAGCUAUUUUUUAAGAAUGUGGAUAAAAAAAUAAAAUAAAUAAAAAUAAAAAAAAAAACGAGAAAAUAAGAGUCAAGCUUCUUCGGAAGCAUGCAGAUUGAACAGAACGUGUUACUUUAUAAACAAUGUAAAAUGUAAAUAUCCGUCAAAAAAAAAUUUAAGAGCUUAGAAAUACUCGACCAAAUGCUACCUUAACUUCAUUAUUAUAGCGAUUUGGGUGAUUUUCUGUUUUUUUUUUUUUUUGUUUUGUUUUUGUUUUGUUUUUCUUCAGAAAAAUAAGAAAAUAAUAAUAAAAAAAAUAUUUAAAGAAGAAGGAUGUCAUAAUAUCAUUUUGAGAGUUUAUGUGUUGUAUAAACCUGUACAGAAUCUGUAAAAAAAAAAAAAAAAAUACAAAAAAAUAAUAAUAAUGAUAAUGAUGGAAAGAUUUCAGAGUAUUUUUGUUGUAUUUAGAAUGUAGAGUCAAUAUUGUCUAAAAUUAAUUCUGACCACUUGAAUCUUCUCUAAUUUUAUUUUAUUUUUGUUUGCUUUUUGCUUUUACACUUUUUUUUUUAAAAUUUCACGUUUCACUUUUGCAAUCAAAGGACGCACCAAUCACGCUGCGCCGAUUGUCACUUUUGAACUCUUCUGUGCUGAGCUGUUUUAAUGGCGAACGACGUGCGCUGCUAAUAAUCAUUAAUUCACUCUCUUUAAUCCACCUGAACAGAAUCCAGGAGCUGAAGCUCAAGAGCGCGAGAGUUAGAGAGAGAGAGUUUAAAUGCCUUUCACAUUGCUUUGACAUCAGAAAUGUAAAAUAUGCUUUUGGUUUUGUUUUUUCUCUUUUAGUUGGUUUACAUGAUUCUGAGGAAGAUGCUGUUUAGUGUUUGAAUAAUCGAUUAAAAAAAAAAAACUCAUGGUUUGACGUUUGGAUCUUAAUAAAGAUUAAAAAAGCCCUGGUGAACGCGCUCGGCUGAACCAGCUCCAAAUGAAGUUUUGAUGUGUGCACAGCUCUAGUGGACUACAGUCGUUGGUAAAUCCAGAGUCCUGCGCUUGUAAUAUACAUGGCAUGAUGUAUUUUUUAAACUUUCGAAUGAAUCAAUUGUACAUAAUUUCUCAAAUGACUGGUUGUAAUGAAAUUUGUUCCUUGGGUAUUUUCCCCCUCUUGUACAAAAAACUCAGACAUUAUUAACAGUAUUUGUCUUUUCUUGGUCCUGUACAGUAGUAUACAAUGUCAAAAAUGAAGCCUUUUGAAGUAUACAAAGUGUAAUGGGUUUUUGGAGUUUGUGGAAUCAGAUUUAGGAACAUUUACAAAAAAAUAAAUAUUUUACAUCUUUAA